AUGACUCGUAUCCAUCCGGUCUAUGCUGUUGCCUUUGAGAAGAUGAAAAAGGACCCACGUAUCGGUUCCAUCCCAAUUGAAGAAUACCGUGCCUUACUUGAUAAUCGCAUGAAACAUAUCACUUUGCCCGAUGUAUAUGAAGAGGAACGCACCGUGACAACGAAUGAUGGCAACCCCUUACAUUUGACCUUGUUACGUCCUCUUGGAACUGAAAAACAAGUCCUUCCCGUACUCAUUUACUAUCAUGGCGGCGGUUGGGUCAUCGGUUCAAAGCACACCCAUGGCAAAGUGAUUCGCGAUAUUUGUAUUCGAGCGAACGUGGCUAUUGUAUUUGUCAACUACAAGCUUGCCCCUGCUGUCAAGUUCCCGGCUAUUCAUGAAGAAGCAUUUGCAGCAUUGGAAUGGGUGUAUACGCAUGGUGGUAAAGAGCUCAAUGUGGACGUCAACAAGCUCGCUGUGGGUGGAGACAGUGCAGGUGGCAACCUAUCAGCUGCCAUGCCAUUGAUGCUGCAGGAUCGGCACCAACGCGGCGAUACUCGUUUACCCCUGGAUACGAUCAAGACGCAAAUCCUUAUUUAUCCUUCUACUGCUCCCAAGCCAACAUUUCCAUCUUAUGAGCUAUUUGGCAGUGGCGAUUUUGCACUCUCCAAUGAAGAAAUCAAGUUUUAUGGCCGUGCUUAUGCCAGCAAAGCUAUGCGCAACAACAAGUUCAUGUUUGCAUUAUUGGCUUCGGAUGAAGAAUUGAAAAAAGUCCCGCCUGCAUUGAUCAUCACAGCUGAAGCUGAUGUACUUCGCGAUGAAGGAGAGGAAUAUGGAAGACGAUUAACCGAUGCUGGUGUGAAGACGACGACCGUGCGCAUGAUUGGUGCAACACAUGGCUACAUUUCCCUUCCAUUCGAAACAAGCAUCUACACCCACUCGAUCUAUUUGAUUGUUCGCCAGCUGCAUGAUACGUUUUCCAUUGCGUCAUCCAAGUUGUAA